UAUAAGACAAUGUCAAAAUGUAAACUAUUGGAAUCUGCGAUAAAUUUCAGUUUCGCUGUUCAAUCGACUCACUGUCGUAUGAAGUACAUGUAAAUCUCGAAACGAUUUCGAAGGAUACAAUAAAAUUAAUUCCAUACGUACAGUUUUAAAUGCAAGUGCUGAAAGAUAUUACUAAAUAAAAAUAGUCAAUAUUUUCUGCUGAGAUUAACAUUUCUUUGCAUUAAUAAAAAGAAUAAUCACAGUUUACUGUAAGAGGUUAUAUUUUUUCCCAUUAUACAUACAUAUAUUUGUAUGUAAACAAAUUAAUAAAUGAUAUCGUAUAUUAAGGGUUAUAUAAAACCUUCCUUGUCUAACAAUAAAUUUAUUUUUGGAAGAGCAUCAUAUACCAGUAUGCUGAAAUAUUUGAAUCAAACGGAAAGCAUCAAUGUAGAUAAAGAUUUAUUUGAGAAAUAUAAGUUUAGCGUCGAUCAAUUAAUGGAACUUGCUGGCCAAAGUUGUGCUAUUGCCAUUGCUCGUACUUAUCCAUCGCUUAAAAAUUCUAAACAAAAAAUUUUGAUUUGUUGUGGCCCAGGAAACAAUGGUGGUGAUGGACUUGUUUGCGCUAGACACUUGAAACAAUUUGGAUAUUUGCCUGAAAUUUAUUAUCCUAAAAGGACAAACAAUACACUGUAUGAAAAUUUACUGCACCAGUGCAUUGAAAAUGACAUUCCCUUAUUAAAGGAUGAUGUAGAAUACAUUGCUUCAAAGCAACUGCAUCAAUUUGGUCUUAUAGUGGAUGCAAUAUUUGGAUUUAGUUUUAAGCCACCUAUAAGAGAUACAUUUAUUCCUAUUAUUCACCUGUUAGAAAAUACGACUGUUCCAAUUUGUAGUAUUGAUAUACCAUCAGGUUGGAAUGUUGAAGAUGGACCACCUACAGAAGGCGGAAUAAAACCAGAAAUGCUUGUAUCAUUAACAGCGCCAAAAUUAUGUGCUAAAAAAUUUGAAGGGAAGUAUCAUUAUUUAGGUGGUCGAUUUGUACCUAAAAAAUUGGAUAAAGCAUAUAGCCUUAAUCUACCUGAAUAUCCAGGAACUGAUUUAAUUCUUUUGUUAAAUUAAGUCUUCAUACAAACUUUAAUUAUUUGUAUUUUUUAUUACAAAUAUGUACAAUAAUCGAAAAUAAAAUAUUUAUAACUGUUGAUAAGCA